CCCCCACCCCGUCCCAGGCCCGCCCCAGGCCGCGCGCUGGCGCCGCUCUAGGAAAUGACCUAAGCUGAGGCGAGGCGCGACUGGUCGCACCAGCUACGCCGUGGACGCGGGGCGCGCGCACCAUGCCCGCCGAACGGCCUCCGGGCACGCGGGCGCAGUGCCGACCCGGCAGGUGCUGUCACUAGUCCCACCUCAGUAAAGAGCUGCUGGGGCUGGAUGGUCAUGGGGGAGCCUGGUAGAGAGGAGUAUAAAAUCCAAUCUUUUGAUGCAGAGACCCAGCAGCUGCUGAAGACAGCACUCAAAGAUCCAGGUGCCGUGAACUUGGAGAAAGUGGCCGAUGUGAUUGUGGAUCAUUCUCUGCAGGACUGUGUGUUCAGCAAGGAAGCAGGACGCAUGUGCUACGCCAUCAUCCAGGCAGAGAGCAAGCAGGCAGGCCAGAGUGUCUUCCGGCGUGGACUCCUCAACCGGCUGCAGCAGGAGUAUCAAGCUCGGGAGCAGCUGCGAGCCCGCUCCCUGCAGGGCUGGGUCUGCUAUGUCACCUUUAUCUGCAACAUCUUUGACUACUUGAGGGUGAACAACAUGCCCAUGAUGGCCCUGGUGAACCCCGUCUAUGACUGCCUCUUCCGGCUGGCCCAGCCGGACAGUCUGAGCAAGGAGGAGGAGGUGGAUUGCCUGGUGCUACAGCUGCACCGCGUUGGGGAGCAGCUGGAGAGGAUGAACAGGCAGCGCAUGGAUGAGCUCUUUGUCCUGAUCCGGGAUGGCUUCCUGCUCCCAGUGGGUCUCAGCUCCCUGGCCCAGCUGCUGCUGCUGGAGAUCAUUGAAUUCCGGGCAGCCGGCUGGCAGACGACCCCCGCUGCCCACAAGUAUUACUACAGCGAAGUCUCUGACUAGGCCUCCAGAUUGGACCUCUUCCCCACCUCCCAACCCAGGGGUGCAGUCUGCGCCUCUCCCAGAGACUUUCCCUUCCAGACUUCCAACAGCUCCCGAGACAUUUCCCACUCAUGCGGCAGUCCAGCCAUGAGCAUCUUCCCUCCUCCUUUAGGGAUUGGGGAAGACACCACAAAGACCACAACCCCCCGCCCCCCACAGUCCGGCCACACUAUCACUUUCCACCUGGGCCUGACAGAAGGGCAACUCCUAA